AUGGAGAGCGAGCCCCUCCAACAGGCGGCCGGUCUGCUCGCCAACCCAGCGCAGCUGAUAAAAUGGCUUGAGACAAAGGAACCAGAAGCACAGACAAGAUGUGCCGCUGCUCUGUUCGAUCAGCUGUUGCGAGAAGCCGGCCAGCCAAAGUCAGUUUCCGGUCAGGCCUGCGUGAGACUAUGCGGUCUCGUAGAACAGUCAUCCAAGGCUGUAUCAGGGGAUCUGAGAAAAUGGGCCUUUUCUCACGACGUCACCCUCAAGCUCUUCGAUUUCUUCAUGGACUGGAACGAAUCUGAUCAGCACCGAUCCAUGAAGCUCGUCCUCGACCUCGUCGUGCAGCUUAUCAAGAGGAACCCUCAGCAGGACAGUGCCCUCGCGACAAAACAGUUUCUCCUAGAUAACCUCAUCUCCAUUGUCACCGGGCGCUCCACUAAGCCGGUUGCUAAAUCGGCCAUCAAGACCCUGGACCACUUCCUGACAAAGGGGGUCUUUACUCUGGACGAGAUACGGUCUUGCUACGAGAGCCAUAAGCCUGGGCAUGCGGACAGGGAUGACACGGAAGUCUGGAGGCUCUUCAUGCUUGACCUCUUUCGCUGGCUGCGGUUGCACUUUGUCUGCCCAACGGCAGGCAAGUUCAUUGUCUCGGUAUACCGAUGCUGGCAUCCGGGAGGCGAUGCAGAGACGAGUGGCCCAAGCAUGAGGACAUGGUAUAAGUGGCUGUUGCACUUUGCAACCGAAGAGCCUUCACUGCUGGAGUCUAUCAAGAAUUACAUCUUCUUGCCGCUCCUGAAAGCGGAGCGAUCCGAGGCGCUGCGAUUCCUUGGCAUGAUGAAUGAGGAUAAGGCUGUCGCCGGCGCCGCAAGCUUGGAUCUUGACAUGCCUGCUUUGCUACAGCUUGCCGCUCUGGAAGCUGGGAAAAAGGUUGGACUCGUCGAGGAACCAGCUCUUGGAGGCGACGAGCAUCAGGAUACCGAAUCGAUCACCGUCCAAGAGAAGACAUUGGAUCGGGUUCUGGCGCACCCUUCGCAUGAAGUGCGCGCCCUGGCAAUGUCUCUGCUCAUCACCUCGCCGUCCACAACAAGACCCUAUUCGUUUGCGGCUUUGGAGCUGCUGCGGAAGCAUCUCGGCGCGUUCUUCGCCGACGCCGAUGCCAAGUUCCGCAUGGAGAUUGCGGGCAAGAUUCGAGACAUGUUCAAGCGUGUCCGCGGCGCCAUCCACGUCUUGAAGAGAAGCAUACCCCGUGUCCGAGCAAAGGCCAGAAAGGCAAAUAUGGCGGCCACCGACGCGGAUGUCGCAACGCAGCCGAUUCUCUACCGCUCCAAUCUAAUUACGCUGCCGGAAGCUCAGCUGGUGCACUGCCUCGGUUAUCAUGAGAAGUUCUUGCGGUGGUAUAUUGGCUUUCUCUGCAGCGAACUGACGCCGACGGCGUCGUACCAGAGACAUGUCGCGUCACUAAAAGCGCUCAUGUUCAUCACCCGCUUGGAAGGAGAAGCGAACAAGGCGUGGGAGACCGCCGACGACCAGGUGCUCUUUUUCGAUCUCUUUGACGACAAGUGGGCGCGAGCGCUGUUCGACUUGCUCAUGGAUCCGUUCGAUGACGUGAGAGAUAUGUCGGCGACAGUUUUGAAACGGAUAUACGCCGAUGAUAGGUAUCGCCGCUUCGCUCUUUCGAGCGACGCCGAUGACAGGCGCGUUUCGGAAACCCUCGUCAAGGUUGCGAAGCGAGCUGAGAGACUGUCGCAAAGGACGUCGAGAGCCGACCACUCCGAUGGGGCGUCGAGAGCGUGGCAGCUGGUGUUUCGGUUCUUGGACACAGGGGAGAAGCAGGUUGCAUUCUUGGCCAAGAUGAUUGACGAACUGGAUCGCAAGACGUCGAUGGCGGAAACUGACCUGGGCCGCGCCGUGCUAGAAGCGCCUCUGCACGGCGAUAUAUCCUCGCUGAACCACAUCUGGCAAGUGGUCUCGGAGCUCAGGCUUGCCGAGGCUGAUCUUGCGGCUGUCCAAGCCUUGCAGUCGAGACUAGUGUCAUGCUGUGGUCGGGUAUGGGAUGCGGUCAAGGAUGUUCUUUGCGACGACUCACCUGAGGGCCAUCUGCCACAGGAACUGGAGGACAUGGAGGGCCUCGACACAAAGGGGCUUCUGAGCUUCAGCUUUCGCGCCGUCCACGAGUCCAGCAAUCUCAUGCGAACCAUGGUCCUGUCGUUCCGCAACCGAUCGCGGGAGGGCCUCCUGAUACCGACUCCUGAGGCCUUUGAGAGCAUCGGCAACCUGACUUUCAAGGAGCUCGUCAACCUGCGACACCGCGGCGCGUUCACAACCGUGGCCUUGACCUUUGCCACCUGCUGCCAAAACUCGAAGCACGUCGAGCAGGGUGCCGCGCUGCUCGACGCUUGGUACCAAGGGACCAUGAAUGCCAUCUUUACGCAAGCUUCCACAACCCGACGAUCCGCGGGCAUACCUUCGCUGAUGACGGGCAUCCUCUCUGCCAACGCGGCCCAUCCGUCGUUUGAGCAUGUUAUGGAGGAGCUCAUGAGCAUCGCGCGCAGGGAAGCGCGCGUCGCCGAAACAGACGGCUCUAACCUUCCGCAGGUCCAUGCGUACAACUGCCUGAAGGACAUCUUCAAGAACUCCAUGUUGACCUCCAUGGGCAACAAGUCGGAGAGCUACCUGCCGCAGUGCCUGGAGCUCGCGGCCAGCGGCUUGCGGUCCGAGGUCUGGGCCAUCCGCAACUGCGGGCUCAUCUUCCUGCGAAGCCUGAUCGACUGCCUGUUCGGCUCGCAGGAGAGCAAGUCCAUGAUCGAGGCCGGCUGGGACGGCAAGGCGAACAGGAUCGCCUACCACCGGUACCCGAGCCUGCCUGCCGCGCUGCGGAACCUCCUCAAGUCGGGCCAUGAGACGCUGGCUCAGACAGCGGCAACGGCUUCCGCUGCCGAGUCGGUGUUCCCGGCACUGGAUAUCAUUCGCCGCGCCGGACCUCCGGAGCUGCUUCGCGAUGAGAUCCAGGUCCACGUCGCCGUCUACCUGUCCAGUCCCGUCUGGCACGUGCGGGAGCUGGCUGCCCGAACCCUGACGUCGUGUCUACUGCACGACAAGUGGCUGCAGACAAUCAAGAGCAUAUUCCGAGACGCAGACGCCUCGAAGACUGGGAACCGGCAGAAUCACAUACACGGCGUUCUUCUGGCGCUCAAGUACGUGAUUGAGCGCCUCAGCGAGGUGGCACUGGAUCAACUCAAGGGUGAUCUUGAGGAAUUGGUCGAGUUCCUCUCUUCGACUUCUGUGGAUGCCAAAUUCCCCAAUUGCCCCGAAAUCGCGGCUGCGUACCUUGCCGUGGUCAACCUCAUCUGGGUCGUUGGAAGGUCGGCUUCCCUGGCCCUGCCUCCCAUCACAGUCACAAUGCCCUCCAACAGCGGCUCCGCUCUGCUCAGGCACCAGCAGGUCAUAUACGCGAUGCACGAUGCCGCCACGAAAAGCCAUCCCGUGCGUCGCAUACGGGAAUUGCUUUUGGACCAAGGCCCGGCUGCGGACUGCUCCGUGACGGGUCUGGAGACUCUCCCUAGUGUAUGGAGCGUGGCUACAUCACCAAAGGAAUCCCUUGCGGAGCUCAGCGAGCUGUAUAUUGACGUAUGCCUUCAGACGAGGCUUAUAGAAGCCCAGGUCGUUGCGGUUCAGAAUCUGGCCGAUAUCGUCGAUGAGCUUCUCCGGCGCGAUGAGGCGCAGGGCCUGUCGACAGGGCGACUUGUCGAGCUGUGGUCUACGCUGUCGUCGCGGUCCCUCAACCCAGCUCUGGCCAAUGCCGUCAUCCGAGCCAGUGGAAGCAUAGUGGCUGCUCUGGGGAGAAGACAGGAUGCUUCCAAGAUCAGUGUCCACGACUGGGGACUGAUGAUGGCCGAUGCUGGCCUGGACGACAAGACAUUCGACACGCGAUUCGCCGCCGCCGAGUCCCUCCGCGCAUUCUUCGCCGCCGCCGGUCAGGACCACACCUCCGAGGAACACCUCUCCCCGCUCCUCGCGGUAUACGACGCCCUGAACGACGACGACGACGAGGUCCGCGAAAUGGCGUGCGCCUCCGUGGCCAUCAUCCUCGGCGAGUCCCUCGUGCCCAUGGAGGCCGCCUCCCGCCUGCUCCUCUGGCUGGCCGCCAACCUCGGCGACAGCCCGCGCUUCAGGGCCGAGGUCGCCAGCCGCAUCGUCGGCCACUGCGGCAUCCAGGCCCGGGACAACGCUGCCGCGUGGCAGCCCGCGGGGGACCAGCUCGCCCGUGCGCUGGAGUUCGACGACUCCCUCUUCGUGGUGGAGGAGCAGAACCUCUUCGUCGACGAGGUCCGCGAGACGGACCGCUGGGUCGGAGCCUUUGAGAGCCUGACCUGGAAGGGCGAUGAGGAGCCCCUGAUGAGGUUGGACGGCUGGCUCGCCGGAGGCGUGGCGGAACUGACGAGGCUGUUCGGCGAGGAGGAUGGGCCGCUGGGGUGGGCGUCUAACCCAGAGGUCUUUGCCAUUUGCACGCGGGUGGUGCGAGGCUCGGCGGCGUUGGCCAGGGGUAAUGCCUCCUCGCCUGAGCUUGCCCAAGCCGUGGCGACGGCCAAGGAGGCGCUGCAGUCACACGGCACCAGUGUCUCGAGGCUUCUCACUGCUGGAUGGGAAGAUGCGCCGUAG